AUGUCGACCGCCCCUUUCAGGGUCAAGGCCCUGUUCGAAUACUCCUCGCCCCACGAGGAUGACCUUCAGUUCCCCGCCGGCGUCAUCAUCACCGUGACCGACGAGGAGGAUGCUGACUGGUAUACUGGCGAGUAUGUCGACGACUCUGGCGCCAAGCACGAAGGAAUCUUUCCUCGCAAUUUUGUCGAGAAAUUCGAACCCCAGGCCCCGCCUCGCCCAACGAGAACCCGAACCAAGAAAGAGGCCGAGGUCACCUCCCCCGUCUCGGAGGCGCCCGCCCCGGUGCCUCAAUCCGAGCCUCAACCCACCCAAGAAGCUCACGCCGAGGUCGAGAAACCUGCGCCGCCCCCGGCUGCUGCCCUUCCUGCCUCGCCCGAAGCACCCGCAGCUCCCGAGCCCGAGCCUGUAAAGGCACCUGAGCCAAUGCCCGAACCGACCCCGGUUGCUCCGGCUCCUAGGACUGAGUCCCCCGCAGCUUCGUCGCCUCCCAUCGCCAAGGCAGCGCCUGCUUCAUCCAAGCCCGGCCCACCGCCCAAGCCAUCCAGCAAUGCUUUCAAGGAUCGCAUCGCUGCGUUCAACAAAGCCUCGGCCGCCCCUAUUACGCCCUUCAAGCCGAGCGGACUGGCCCAAGGUUCCUAUCACAUCAAGAAGCCGUUUGUGGCUCCUCCUCCCAGCCGCAAUGCAUAUGUCCCCCCGCCUACGCAGGCGCCGGUUGCAAAGGUCUACCGAAGAGACGAGGACCCGGAAAUUCUGGAAAGAGAGGCAGAGGCCCAGGAGAACGCUGAGAAGGCUGGCAUGGCCCCUGGCCCCUCUGGUGAAGAGGGCGAGGAUGCGCCGAAGCCGACCACUUUGAAGGAGCGCAUUGCUCUUCUCCAAAGACAACAACAGGAACAAGCACAGCGUAACGCCGAGGCCGCUGCGAAGAAGAAGGCUGCACGACCACCACCUAAGAAGCGCACUGACAGCCAGGAGGCUUCUGAGGAUGCCGGCGCUGCUCCUGCCCCUGCACCCGAGGGCGAUGCUGAGGAGGUGGCAGGCCGGAGCUCGAUAGAUUCAGCUCGUGUGCCGCCCGCGCCCCGGCGCAAGUCUUCCAAAGGCCCUGCUGCCGAGAGCUACCAUGACGGCAAUGAAGCGGACAUGUCUGGGGCCGGCGAUACUACCGAAGGUCCUGAGGAUCUUACCGAACGCGACGAUAGUGAUGCGGCUCCACGGCCUGUCCCGCGACCCCAAGUCGCUUCUCCUGUCGAAGCAAGACACGAGGAAGACGCAGCUGAUGACCAGGGCGGAGACGAGGAUGAAGAGGAGGACGAUGUUGACCCCGAGGUCCGUAGGAAGGAGGAGCUCAGGGCUAGGAUGGCGAAAAUGAGCGGUGGCAUGGGAAUGCACGGCAUGUUUGGAAUCCCAAUGGCUGCCCCAGCUAUUCCCAAGAAGAAGAAGACAAUCGAGAAGCCAGUGGAGGCUUCGCCAACGGAGGAGCACGAAGAGGAGACAUCGCCUACAGGCCGUGUCGCCGUACCGGGCAUGAUGGCAUUGCCAGGGCUGAGCGCACCCAAACGUCAAGAAGAAGCUACUGAGCCUGAGCCGCCAACGUCCCCUAGAGCGCCGCCUCCACCUCCACGAACGAUUGACGCCGAAGAUGACAGAGACGAGCCAAUCACGAGCCCACCUCCUAGUCGAUCCCGGCCCGCGGCGCCGCCUGUUCCCAGCGAGUCUCGGCCCCUUACUUCCGGGCAUAAAUCCCCCAGUGAUGGCUCAGUGUCCGACGAUGAGCUAUCAGGAGGUGUACUAGACACUCCCAAGGCCGAAGAAACGCGAGCACCCCCGCCACUGCCGCCAGUUGCGACCGCCGCACGCUCGCCACCUCCCAUUCCCGGCUCCGAGUUCUCACCAACAUCUCCCACCAGCUCCUCGGGCAAGCGGGUGAGCAGAAUUCCGCCUCCUAUCCCUGGAGCGGCUCCUCCCAUUCCUACAGCACAAUCGCGACCGCCUCCCCCACCACCUCCAGGCGGUGGUUUGAGCCGUCAGUCGACGCAGGAUAUGCACGUCGCAUCACCCAUAUCACCUCCGAUCAGACCUCCUCAACAGGGCGACGAUGAGGACGAGGUUACCGAGUAUGAGGGAGACUACGAUACUGAUAUUGCAUCGUCGGUUCCCCACAAGGACGCACUCAAAUCUCACGCCAGGGAUUCGAGUCUCGACGACAACACGCCAGUUAGAUCACCCAUAUCUCCAGCCCUACCACCGACCAUGCCGCCGCCCAUCCCAACCGGUCCGCCGCCUAGAGCUGCUCCACCACCGGUGCCGACGGCUGACAAGCGCCGCUCUGUGGAUGUACCGCGAACGGCUCCUCCUCCCCCUCCGCCGGCAAGGGAUGAUGACGAGUACGAUCCCUAUAACUACUCCACUCCAAAGCUGCCGUACUCUCAGCGAACCCCGAAGAUUGAAGAGGAGGGGUACUUCCAGGAUGAUGCUCCGCCAUUGCCAUCGCCGUCUCACACGCGAGCCCCGCCUCCCGCCCCUCCAGCUGGCCGAUCUCGUCAGUCUCUGGAUGUGUCGCGAGCCUCCAUGUCUCAGCGACGUUCUAUGGAUGCACACAGGCCUUCAAUGUCCACAGAAUCAGGCUUCAUCGCUAACAACGUUGAUUUGGCCAAGCAAAGUGGAUGGUGGCGUCAAGACAAGACGGUACCUCCCGUUUUCCAGGGUAGAAAGGACUUGUACUAUGAGACGGACGACUCGACAUCAGGCUCAAUUGUCACACGCACCAUUUACGUGCUCUUCCAAGAUUACUCGCAGACGAUCAUCACCGUUGAAUAUGACCAGAACAACGCUGCCGAUGUUCAGCUGGAUCAACGACAUGAUCCUCCUCCAAGAGCCUUGCGACAGGAUGAACUCGAGCAAUCGUACGAACGAUUUGGACGACUAAUUUCCGAAGCGGUUGUCUCCAAGAAGGAAACGAUUGUUGGCGAUGGGACGCCGCAAGGUCUUAUCCACGAGCUCUUGAAGCCUUUCAAUGAUGCCUUGGCGCCAAUUGGAACCAGAGCUUAUGGCGCGCUCGUCUACUCCAACAUGGCCAAUGCCUCAAUACAACAAAACGACCAGAUCCGACCUGGUGAUAUCAUUUCCAUUCGGAACGCUCGGUUCCAGGGCAAGCACGGCCCCAUGCAUGCCAAGUAUUCGAUGGAGGUUGGCAAGCCCGACCACGUGGCGGUCGUAUCGGAAUGGGAUGGCACGAAAAAGAAGGUUCGCGCCUGGGAGCAGGGCCGUGAAAGCAAGAAGAACAAGGUUGAAAGCUUCAAGCUGGACGACUUGCGUAGUGGCGAGGUUAAAAUCUGGCGGGUGAUGCCCCGGAGCUGGGUGGGAUGGAAUAGCCCGUCUUAG